GACCAGAAAGGGCACAGAGUGUCCGGCGCUGCCAGUCUCGUCCGGUGCAGUCCAUCGGAACCGAACGGACCGUCAGUCGCGGGUGAAUCUACUACACCUUGUGUGCUCUCGAUGCCCUCGCUGCAGGAGAAGGAGGAGGAGGAGGAGGGAGGGGGAGCUGUUAGCGUUGCGCGACUCCGACAGCGAGGGGAGACCAAGAACGAGAAGAAAGCCAGAGGCCGGGACGGGCUUCGAGUAAAUCGGCCUCGAGGGGAAGCGGAGCCGGUCGGUGGGCGAUUCGUUCAGUUUUCCCCGCCGCGAUCGUUAUGGAGAAGGCGAUCCGAUUGUGGAUGCGAAUGGUGUAGAAGAUUGCGACGGGGAGGACGAGGCAGAGGAUAGAGUGCCGGACGCUGGACGCAAGAAGAAUAGGCCCCGUGCGCGAGAGCGAUAGCGAGAGCGAGUGGUGUCUUGGUUCGGAUAUGAGAAGAAAGGAUGGAAGUCAGGAUUAGGUCAGAGCGGUGGGUUUUGCGGAGAGCUUCGAGGAGCUGAGGACCGUCGGUCGUGGUUCAGGUGGAGAAAUUCCCAGUUUUGAAAGGGAUUCGACGACUCAGCCUUUUCUUCUUGGAUUUGUCCUCGUGUCGGGCUGGGUCGGACAUUCUGCUUGGUUCUCGAGGAAAGCACGGGCUGUCAGCAGACGUCCGUAGUGCGAGUGGAGGAGAGGUCGAAGCUUGCGUACCGCCGGACCGUGGUGGCUGGUGGAAGCGCCGUGCUUUCGUCGAGUUGACGCAUACCCGUGGCGGUUGAGUCUUCUUGCGCAGGAACUCCGAACUUGGGGACGAAAUAGAAUCGGAGGACGGGGAAGACAGGGCAUCAGGAAACCCCGAGAAGCAUGCCUAUCAUCACUGGUGCCCAAACUUCUCAUGCGUCAGCGCAGUUUUUAAACUCAGUUCUUUCGCAAAGAGGCCCGAAUGCCCUUCCUUAUGACGAGGGUAUGAAGUGGAGCAUUCGGCAGCACCUUCUGACACUUCUACAAGAUUUUCCGGGGUUGCAAGUUAAGACUGCGAAUUUUACGCAUAACGAUGGGCGGACGGUCAAUCUUUUGCAAGCGGACGGGACGAUUCCCAUGUACUUCCAAGAUGUCAAAUACAACAUUCCUAUAGUUUUGUGGCUUCUGGAGGCCUAUCCGCGCAAUUGCCCUCUGGUGUAUGUGACUCCUACGAGAGAUAUGAUCAUAAAACCACGGCACACUUACGUAGACGCCUCUGGUAUGGUCAAUAUUCCCUAUUUGCAGCAAUGGGUAUAUCCCCGUUCCAACCUGGUUGAAUUGAUUCAAAGUACAUCUCUUUUGUUCGGGCAGGAUCCACCCUUGUACUCGCGACCCGCUGUCGUCACUCAUCUCCGACCUCCUCCUCCAUUGCCGCCGACUCCUUCUUUUCAUGGUAUGAAUCCUAUGCAUGCCAGCACCUCAGCGGCAGCGUCAGCGUCAGUCGUCCAAACUGCAUCUCCCACAGCAAACAGCUUCUCUCCCAUUGCUCAGCCUCCGCCAAGAGCCCUGUAUCCACCCUACACUCAGCAUUCUCCUACGGCCACUACGACCGCCCUUCCACUUCAAGUCCCGAGAACGGAGAGUCCAGCGGAAGUCUUUAAGAAAAAUGCCAUCAACGCUCUUUCGGAACGAGUGGUUCGAGACACGUCUGCACUACUGCGACAAAGUCAUACGGAAAUGGAUGGAUUGUUCCAUACACAGGCUUUGCUAAAUCAAAGAGCGGAGCAGGUAGAGAAAGGAUUCCGGGAGAUGCAACAGGAGAGGGAGGGAUUGGAGCAGCAAUUACAGCUCCUGCUGACCAACACAGAUGUUAUCGAGUCGUGGCUCAAAAUAAACGACAGGGGAAUGAUGGAUGUCGAAAUUGACGAUGUGUUUGAGCCCACGGACGCACUGUCCAAACAGAUGUUAGAAUGUACAUCCGGGGAUCUUGCCAUAGAAGACAUAUUGUACUCUCUGGAUAGGGCCGUCCGGGAUGGAGCUAUACCCGUGGAUGCGUAUCUGAAGCAUGUGAGAAUGCUCUCCAGAGAACAGUUCAUGUUCAGAGCUACUACAUCUAAAAUUCGCCAGCUGCAGACUCACUCUCACGUAGUAAAUAUGGCAUCUAGGUCGCCGUAUGUCUCUUAGGCCCUUGCUCAAUUGUGUUGAUAGCCUGUAGUGAAUGAUUUUUAGUGCUUAGCAGAUUGGUGGUUGUCAUGUUACACCGGAGAGGAGCGCAGACGUCGACUGCAACAUGUAGUUAGUGGCAACCACUCUCGCUGGCAUUCUUGAGGAUUACCUUUUGGUCUUGACUGCAUUUUGGAGGAUUGUGUUGACCAAGAAAAGAGAUAGACGAAUUGAGGAAGAAAGACGGUGAGGGCGCCAUAGCUGAGCCUGCGUUUCCUAGUCGAGAGGUGUCUGAACGACAAAGGAGAUGUGGGUUGCUAACAAGUAGGGGCAAGGAAUUCACCUUUCCUACGAUCAUCGUCUCGUUUACCUCAGCUUUCUUCCUUUGUUGCUUGCUGUCUUGAGCUAAGGCUGGCAUAUUUCUAAUAUUUCCUUGAUCUGUGACCGAUCGUUGGGAGAGUCGCCUCUGUCUACCACGACAUCAACAACGCAGGUAGAACAAUUGAUACAAGAAUUGUGUAUCCUCACCUGUUCAGAGCUUUGAUCUGAAAGCAACGUACACUACGUCUUUUUCCCGGAUGUCACCAGGAACCAAUUUUCAAACGAUCGAGGGUGCUUCACUUGGAAGGCCUGAUAGAUACUUUCGAACUGGAAGACUCACGAAACAGGUCUGGUGGAGAUGCCGGUGUUAUUGACGGGCUUCGUGUCGGUCUCUAACAUUAUAUAUAGAUUAUCUGCAACAUAUUUCUGUAAAUAAUGUAACAUACACUCGAGGACUCGAAAAGAUUUUGUCGACGAAUUUCCUGUCCGCUUCC